AUGUCUUUCUCAUACGCACAAGCUGCCCAGGGCCGCUCUGCAGCAAAAGCCUCUGGCGCAGCAACGCCGUCCUCCAACUCAGUAGCUGAGGAUGCCCAUGGUCUCUCAGUCGACUCAAAGGCCGAAGCCCAUGCAGGAGGAGACUCGUCCAGUGUUACAUCUGCUAACAACAACGACGAUGGCUCAUCCACGCCGAACGGAGCCUCUUCCGAAUCCACAUGGGACACCAAGUCGCAAAACUCAGAUCGCCCAGCUAGAGCAGAGGGCACCGAUUCCAAGAUCGACGCAACCGAGCCCAAAGGAGAGACACCCAAGCAACAGAAGCCCAAGCUCCGCGAUGCCCCUCCACCGACCGUGAACAUCUGGCAGCAAAGAGCAUCGACCAUGACUCACACCAAGCCGACACCACCGGCUCACACUGCCACCAACGGCAAGCAGGAGAGAAAAGCCGAGAAGGCGAAGAACACAGAUGCAAAGAAGCCUGUCGCCGCCAGCACGAGAAAUCGUGAGCAGCGUCAGACCGCAGAGGUGCCCAAAGCUCGCGCAAAUGCUUCAGCUCUUCCACCGACCAGCGACGUUGCCUGGCCUACCAUGGAGACCGCUCGUGAAGAAGAGCGCAAGAAGACACAAAUGCAAGAAGAGAAGGGGUUGAAGGAGACUAGCACUGCACCGGUUACCAAGAAGACCGAAUGGGUUAACAUGCCUUACGUGCCUACAGCUGUCUUUGAGACAGCUCUGCCCACUAGGGGAGCUCCUCGCACAACUCGUGGCGGCGCUCGUGGUGGAAGCAAUCUCACUGGUCGCACGACUUUCCAGAACGGCCAAAACGGAGAAAAGCCUGCGUCAAAACCUGCAGAUGCCACCCAAGAGCAGAUUGCUGCUGCAAACGCCGAGGCAGACCGCGAGUCUAUGCCUCCACCACCCAAGCCUGUCAAAGUCGAAGAGGCCAAGGAUGCCUCGACCAAUGGUGUGUCUCAUGAAGCCCCUGUCGCCAACGGCGCUCCCAAGCGUCACCCUUCGGCUCGUCGCAACAAGUCUCCUCGCAAGUUCGAGACGACCGGUCGUCGUCAAUCUGCUGCUUCGGUGAACGCUGAUGCUCUCAACGGAAAUCACACCGAGGCUGCAAAGACUGCCAACAAGGAGCGUACCUUCGACAACCCUCCAUCGUUCCGCGAGCCCAAGGCAGGCAAGCGCGGAAGAGGUGGCCACCGUGGUGGCCUUACCAAUGGCCACUUCUCUUCUCAAAACUACACCAAUGGCUUCCCUGGCGAUUUCACUCCCGCAGCUCCUUCAUUCCCUCCUCGUGGCGGUCAUUACCCUCAGCAGAGUCGUGGCGGCUUCCGUGGAGGCAUGCGCUCGCAAUCUAUUCCGUUCGAUUAUGGCCGUGGUCAGCAUCCUGGCUACCCCAUGAUGGUUCCCCAAGGCUUUAUGCCUGAGUACUAUGGUGGAUACAUGCCACCUGUCCCUGCUUACCAACCUGGUGCAGAGCAAAUGUACCUUGUCCCUGCCAUCUCACAACAGAUCGAGUACUAUUUCUCCUUGGAUAACCUGGUCAAGGAUACUUUCUUCCGCAAGCACAUGGACUCCCAGGGAUUCGUCUUCCUGACCUUUGUCGCUGACUUCAACAGACUAAAGUCUUUGACCACUGACUACGAACUCUUGAAGUAUGUCUGUCUUAACUCGCCAAACAUUGAGCUACGCACUGGUCAGGAUGGAAAGGAUCGUCUACGAAAGGCCGGGGACUGGGAGAUGUGGGUUUUGCCCAUGGCCGAGCGUGACGUUUCUGCUCAGAAUGACGGCCCAGUGUCGUUUGAGCGCCCUCCCGUCCCACACAUUGGAAUGGUUGCACCUUUCUACCCUGGCGGCAUGGAACAGUUCGCUGAAAACGCUGGCUUUGAGGAAUUCAGAGGCCGUCAAGCGAAGUCGCCUCACCGCGAGAAUGGUCUGUCUCCUCUAGGCAGCUAUUUCAUUCCUGCCGAGGACAUGGGUGGUGAGCCAGACAAUUUCCCUAACACACAAAUCGACAACUUGACUGUUGUCGUCCGCAAACACGAGGAACUUCCUCGUCGUGCUCCAUACCACACUACAGGAUCCAGAACUUUCUCUGAUGGAUCCAUCGACUCGAAGAACAUCUACGAGGAAGUCCAAAAGACAAAGGUUCAGGAGAAUAAGCCUCAGACCAGCGAGCCCCAACAGCAGGCUGCCACCAAUGGGGAUGCGGCAGUUGCAGUCGAUGGUCCCGCAGUGACGCUGUUCUGGGUCAAGGACCAGAACUCACCUGUCGAUACGCUCCCCGAGGACACCACACACGAGAUGUACAGUCACCUUCGCAGCAAGGCCCUAUCGCAGCGUGAAGUUGCAGCCACAGGCACUUGCCCUUAUGACAUGGACGUUCUUUACCAAUUCUGGUCACACUUUUUGAUCCGCAACUUCAACUCGAGCAUGUACGCUGAGUUCCGUCAUCUCGCCUUUGCCGACGCUGCUCAGCGUCACAACUCUACCGGCAUUGCCAACCUUAUCAAGUACUAUAGCGAGGCAUUGGCCAGCCAGAUCCCCAUCCGCGAGCGUGUGGGACGUCACUUCAUUGAACUUCUCCAGUCCGAAAAGGCUGCUGGUGAGCGUGUAGCUUUCAGCCAGCUUCGCGAGUCAUGGCGAAGCACUUCGUUCAAUGUCGCCAACCGCAAGAAGUUUGGUGACAUGAUCGAUGCAGACCUCAAGGCGGAGCUCGAGGCAUAA